CUCUCUUUUUUUCUUACAACUUCCUCUUUCCUUUGUAUUUCUAUAUUAUAGGUUUUGAAUUGGUGUGAUAUGGUCCACAUGGAUACUAGCUGCAGUGAUGAGAUCACAAGCGAUUCGAUCUCAGUUGCAUCUCAACCAUUGAUCCAACUGAAGCGAUCACCGGAUGGCUUGCAACAGGUUGGGAGCGGCACAAGCAUAGUCUUGGACUCCGACGGAGGAGUCGAGGCCGAGUCGCGCAAGCUCCCGUCGUCGCAAUACAAAGGUGUGGUGCCCCAACCGAAUGGCCGGUGGGGCGCACAAAUCUACGAGAAGCACCAGAGGGUGUGGCUAGGCACAUUCAAUGAGGAGGCUGAGGCCGGCCGUGCUUAUGAUAUCGCAGCCCAAAGGUUCCGUGGGCGAGAUGCAGUCACUAACUUCAAGCCGCUGUCUGAGGCGGAUCGGGACGGCUUUGAGGCCCACUUCUUGAGCUCCCAUUCCAAGGCUGAGAUUGUCGACAUGCUACGUAAGCACACGUACGAUGACGAGCUCCAGCAGAGUAGGCGUAACUCUGGGGCGUUCGACACCCAAGGCAGCCCGGGUAGCCUAUGGGCAUUUGGGAACCCAGGCUGCCAUGUCGAAAAGGUAAGAGAGCACCUUUUCGACAAGGCAGUUACCCCAAGCGAUGUUGGGAAGUUAAAUCGGCUGGUAAUACCAAAGCAGCACGCGGAGAAGCACUUCCCAAUACAACUCGGAAGUGCUUCAAAAGGCGUGCUGCUGAAUUUUGAAGACACGCAGAGAAAAGUGUGGAGGUUCAGAUAUUCCUACUGGAAUAGCAGCCAGAGCUAUGUUCUUACGAAAGGCUGGAGCCGAUUUGUAAAAGAGAAGGGGCUGAGGGCUGGCGAUAUUGUCAGCUUUCAUCGAUCAACGGGUAUCGAUAAGCAACUGUUCAUUGAUUGGAAGCCGCGGGCCGGUGGGUGUAUUGGGUUGCAUCGUCCGGUCCAGCCGGUGCGGGCUGUUCGGCUAUUUGGGGUUGACAUUUUUGAAAUUCCGGUCAGGAAUGUCACCACCGACGGCGUUGGUAGCAGUUGGAAUGGGAAGAGGAGUAGGGAGAUGGAGAUCUUGCCUUAUGAAUUCUGUAAGAAGCAAUGCAUAGGAGUUUUAUAACAUACCUGAUGUUGGGUUUUUUUUUUUUUUUUUUCUUUUGUAAAAUAGUUUGAGAGAGGGAGGUGGAUGGGGAAUGUAUAGAGCUGAAAUUGAGGAGAGAAAGGAAAUCUUUAGAGAGGAAUAUAUCAUAUGUUUUCUUUUUUUC